GUCCUGUUUAAUAUGGUUGUAGAAGUGCCUCGUUGGACAAAUGCAAAAAUGGAGAUUGCCACUGAGGAGCCGUUGAAUCCCAUUAAACAAGAUAUAAAGAAAGGCAAGCUUCGAUAUGUGGCAAAUAUCUUUCCUCACAAGGGUUAUAUAUGGAAUUAUGGUGCCCUCCCACAGACCUGGGAAGAUCCAAACCAUACAGAUAACAUUACAGGAUGCUGUGGGGAUAAUGAUCCUAUUGAUGUUUGUGAAAUAGGUUCAAAGAUUCGUUCUUCUGGUGAGAUUGUUCAAGUGAAGGUCUUGGGUGUUUUAGCUCUUGUUGAUGAAGGAGAGACAGAUUGGAAGAUAAUUGCUAUCAGUGUGGAUGACCCAGAAGCUCAGAAAAUCCAUGAUAUUGAUGAUGUCAAGAAGCACAAACCAGGUUACCUUGAGGCUACAGUUGACUGGUUCCGAUUAUAUAAAGUCCCUGAUGGUAAACCGGAAAAUCAGUUUGCUUUUAAUGGAGAAUUUAAAGACAAGGAUUUUGCUGUUGAAAUUAUUAAAUCCACCCAUGAAUACUGGAAAGCUUUGCUUCAUAAAAAAGCUGAUGGAGGUACUAUUAAGUGCACAAAUGUUUUGGUGAGUGGCAGCCCAUUCUGUUGCAGUGAGGAGGAUGCCCGAUCGAUUGUGCAGUCGGCACCAGUGCCUGUGAAUGGAGAUUCUGUUUCCCCAGAAGUUGAUUCCUGGCACUUUUUUCCCAAGUGAUUGUCAAAAUGUUCUGAAGCUGCAUCAUCAAAUCCUGAAGUCGGCCCUUUUUUGAAGACAGGCAAAAGCACUGAUUGUUGGGUUUCUGUUGAAACAACUUUUCACCUUGUGUAAACCUUCUCUCAUGUAAAUAAACACUGAUAUAAAAUGA